AUGAUAGCUCAAACUCUAUCGCUUUACCGCAUCCCCGUUGCAUUCUUCAGCAUGAAACACUUCCGAUGCAGGCAAAAACAUAUAGUAACCCCUCAAAGCGUUAGGGAUACCUUUACGAGAUAUCUAGACCCCAAAGACAGGCUCCUGCGACAAUCGCGUGCCGGAAGCGGCUCCACACGAGUCCUCGUGCUCGAUAAUUUGCAGCAAGUAAAAGGGGUGUAUCAUCCUUUACUCUGCCUUCCCCACCCUUCUGUCGUCAAGGGUGGGGAUCAAGUCCUCGGCUUGCCCGUUGGGGAUUAUCUAGAUGCAUUGGAACCUCACGCAGUUGGAAGGGUAUCAUCGGAGGCUUGGAAUGAGCUUCCAGCCGUGCUCAUCAUGGUUUCUCACCCACAUGGUGUGGCUUUGACUAGCUUUACUACCGAUGGCGCGAUGCGGAUGCCACUGGUAAAUCUUUCUCUUCACCCUCCCCCAUCGUCACCCUCUUCGGCCCCUGAUCUGUCAAGCCCCCCUGCUUCGUCCGCCACCCCCGAGUUUAUGGAAAAGUUUGUACAGGUUAUCAACAAAAACUAUGACCAAUAUCUAGCCAUGUGCUCAACUUACUACUUCAUUGCCAAAGACAGAAGCAGCUCCCUCACACUGAACGACUUCAAAAAUGGACAAAAGGCUCUGAAAGGGGAGCCAGGACUUGAUAUGGUUCCCUUUUCGAAGAUGCUGUCAGAGGACUCGCGGUGGAUCACUCUGCCGGACACCAUCUUGCAAAAAUCACAGCAAUUUUCGCUGUAUGUUCAUGACAACAAGCUUAACAAGAAGGUUGUGAGUCCUAGUGGCCUGUCUGCAGCCGUAGCGUCUGGUUCACUCGAGUUAGAUGUGCCCGUUAGGAGACCAGAUGUGGCCGUUACCCAAGAAACGACAGAUGCCUAA